AUGGCGCCCACGUCUCUCAUGGACCUGAGUUUCGACGAGCUCCCAGACCCCAAGCGUGUCUGGAUUGGCGAGCCUGGCAGUCACGAGGAAGGUCUCGGGCGACUUGUACUUCUCACCCAAGAUCGGGUACAAAAAGCGGCCGCAUCACAGAUCCUCACCGGGAGACGCGUCAAUCUAGGGUGGGACCUCACCAAGCUAGAGCAUCCAGCCUUUGGCAGGAAGCCUUUCCAGCAUGAAAUCAUAUCGACCUUUGAAGGUGUCUGCUUCGAUGAUAUCUACACAAUGAAUCCGCAACAGAGCAGCCAAUGGGACGGUCUUCGCCACUUUGGCAUGCGGGCCAGCUCAGGCUCAGACGAACGCAUCUUCUACGGCGGUACCACAAAAGCUGAAAUCAUGGACAAGGAUAACCACCGUAUAGGCAUUCAGCACUGGGCUCAGGAGGGUAUCACAGGACGCGGGGUCCUCAUCGACUACGCAUCAUGGGCCGAAAAGAAGGGCAUUGAAUAUUCCGCCUUUACGCAGCACGUAAUUAAGCUGCAAGAUAUGCAGCAGAUUGCAAAGGAGUGUAACAUCAUCUUUGAGAAGGGCGAUAUCUUACUGGUCCGCGUGGGUAUGACCAAGGAAUGGGACCAGAAAAUGGAUGCCGAUGCCAAGAAGGCUCAUGCAGCUUCUACAAAACCCCAGCACGCCGGCGUCGAGGCUACAUUGGACGUCUUGAGGUGGAUUUGGGACUCGGGGUUUGCUGCCUUGGCCGGAGAUGCUACGAGUUGGGAGGUGUGGCCUGCAGUCUCCCAAGAUCUCAUACUACAUGAGUAUCUCAUCCCUGGGUGGGGUAUGCCUAUUGGCGAACUGUUUGAUCUGGAGAAGCUCGCGGAGACGUGCAAGGAGCUGAACCGCUGGACCUUCUUCGUGUCUUCUAUGCCGUUCAACAUGCCCGGUGGCGUCUCUUCCCCACCUAAUGCGCAGGCCAUAUUUUAG